AUGGUGACCACAAAACCAACCACCCAAAAGACUCCAGUUUUCCAAAAGAUGCGUGCAGCGUAUAAAAGUGCUAGUCUGCAUACGUUGUUUUCCCCUCUGGUUGGUAGGGUUGCUGUUGCCUCACUUAGUCCCGUCCACUCUCCCAUUCAGCGC